AUGCCAUCCAGCAACCCCACCCACGAAGAACACCAAUACCUCUCCCUGAUCCGCGACAUAGUCCAAAAUGGCGAGCACCGCCCCGACCGAACCGGCACCGGCACCCUCGCCGUUCCCUUCCCACCCCAAAUGAAAUUCUCCCUCUCGCGCCCAUCCAGCGACCCGUCACAACCACCCACGCCCAUCCUCCCCCUCCUCACCACAAAACGCGUCUUCCUCCGCGCCGUAAUAGGCGAACUGCUCUGGUUCGUCGCCGGCAGUACACACAGCAAACCAUUGUCAGAAGCGGGCAUCAAGAUCUGGGACGGAAACGGCAGCCGCACCUACCUCGACAGCGUCGGCCUCUCCCACUACGAAGAAGGCGAACUAGGCCCCGUCUACGGCUUCCAAUGGCGGCAUUUCGGCGCUGAAUACAAGGGACACGCGGAAGACUACACAGGUCAGGGUGUCGACCAACUCGCCGAGAUCAUCGACAAGCUCAAGAAUAAACCGUAUGAUAGACGGAUUAUACUGAGUGCGUGGAAUCCGGCGGAUAUUAAGAAGAUGGCGCUGCCGCCUUGUCAUAUGUUUGCGCAGUUUUAUUCUGCUGUACCAGCGGUCUUGUGA